CUCCGCCGUCGCCCCGCCCAUUAGCCUUUGCCCCGGUGAGGGUGGGACUUCCUGUCUCUUGUAUCCAAGGUCCUCCAAAGUGAGGACCCUCACUGAGGACGAGGAUGUGCAGAGCUGCGGCGGCGAGUCUGGAAGCAGAUUAGCUGGGGCCUAGUGCACGGGUUCGGAGAGGGCCAUGGAGGUGCGGCCGCCGGCGCCACAGAGCUUCCUCUGCAAGCCGCUGAGUCCUUUCCGUCGGGUCUUUGCUGCAGGAGCUGUCGCCGCCGAUUCGGAGGCUCUCGUGGAGAACCAGAAGCUGUCUUCUUACGUCCCAAAGCCCGAUUACUCGGAAUCCGGAUGGGACCGCCUCCGGGACCUGUUUGUCAAAGAUGAACAACAGAGAACUUCAAAGGAACUUGAGAAUAUAUAUAAGGCGGCAAUUUCAGCAGGCAUCAUUGGCUGGGCAUAUGGGGGAGUACCAGCUUUUAUUCAUGCUAAACAGCGGUAUGUUGAGCAGAGCCAAGCAGAAAUUUAUCAUAACCGGUUUGAUGCUGUGCAAUCUGCACAUCGUGCUGCCACACGAGGCUUCAUCAGGUACGGCUGGCGCUGGAGUUGGAGAACUACAGUGUUUGUGACUAUAUUCAACACAGUCAACACUGGUCUAAAUGUGUACAGAAAUAAAAAUGCCCUAAGCCAUUUUGUCAUUGCAGGAGCUGUCACAGGAGGUCUUUUUAGAAUAAACUUGGGCCUGCAUGGUCUGGUGGCUGGUGGCAUCAUCGGAGCUUUGCUGGGCACUCCUGUAGGAAGUCUGUUGAUGGCAUUUCAGAAGUUCUAUGGUGAGACUGUCCAAGAGAGAACACAGAAGGAUCGCAAAGCACUCCAUGAGCUGAAACUCGAAGAGAGCAAGGCCAGACUACAAUUUACUGAGCUCCUCCCUGAAGAAAUUGAAAGUAGCUUAAAGAAAAAUCGAUCCAAAGAUGAUGUUGAGAAAAUUGAAGCACUGUUAAAUCUUCCUAGAAACCCUUCAUCAACAAAUAAACAAGACAAAGACUGAAAAUGUUCUGGACUUAAAAUUCAUUGGUGAAUCGAAGGGAUCUAUGUCCAUUGGAUGCCAAUGGGUAGGCUUCUUGGUCAGCCUACUGACAGAUAUAAAUGCUAGCAUCUCUAGUGGCAGUAACUUGCUUUUAUCUUUUUCUAAACAAAGAAUUGGGCUAGUGUAUGCUCACUUUACUUAUGCUUAAAUUUAAAUACACACUCAUGUCUUUCCUGAUUGAUCUAUAUAUUUGACAAUCUGUACUGAUUAAUCAGCACAUAAUUCUUUUCCCUGGAUUUUACAACAGUAAAUUAAAAAACUCCCAAGAUUGGAGUUGAAUUCUGUAGGUUAUAUGUUUAUUCUUGCAGCCCUUUAAAAGGAUACUUGAGAAAUUACUAGGAAGAAGAGGGAAAGAACCAGGUGAGGAAAAUGGUCUAUGAUAAAACCCUUGUGCCUUUGGGUCUUGGAAAUAUCGCAAGCCUAAGUGUGGCAGCACCUGGGUGGCUGUUGGUUGAGUGUCCAACUCUUGAUUUAGGCUCAGGUCAUGAUCUGCAGGUCGUGGAAUGGAGCCUUGUGUGAGGCUCCAUGCUUGUCCCUCCCCACCCACCCACACACGUGCCCUCUCUCAAAUAAAUAAAAUUUAAAAAAAUAAAAAGGUAAUUCCUAAGCCUUUUGAAAUACAAUGUAAAUUUAACAAACAUGAUAACCAUCAUUUAAAAAAAA